AUGCCUAAAUUGCUGGGAGAAUUUCUGCAGGAGCAGCAAGAGCCAUUCACUCUCGACGUUUACCUUCUCGAGAGAGGCUACUGCACACGAACGAGAGCUCAAAAUUCGGCGCGUUGCAGCCGGAAGAAGAGGCGGCAAGCCAUCCCAAAAUGCGCCGAAUUUGUGGGAGCAGUUUUGAGCAGAAUUCUGCUGCAUAAUAAUAGUAAGAAAAUCAGAAAAAAAGAAAUUAGUGAUAUUGAGGAAAAUGAUGAUGACUUCUCUUCGGCAAGCGCCACAACUCGGUACAAUACUUGCUCAGAAAGUGAUGUGGAAGAUCAUGAGGCUGAAGCAGACACCAAUUGUUUCAAUUGUGAUAAACAGCUCAGCCCUGUCUCGGUUCUUGAAGAAACAGAAUCUGAAGCCUCAUCACUUCAUCAAAGGCAAUACAAAUUCCAGAAAACAAAAGGGGAAUCAUCUCGAUGCAAAUCAAAGCAUAAAAGUGAGAAAAAAUGCAUGGAUUCUUACAAUCAGUACAGUAUAAACAAGAGGGCGUUGAAGCAGACGAAGAAGCUUCUGGUAGACUGCGUGAGAGAAGUGAUCGAGAAGGAAGGCGGGAAGCAGCUGAAGAGGAUAUUGGGAGCUGAGGAGCUUUGGAAGGUUGUGUGUGAGAAUGUAUGGCUAUGGAGCCAAGAAUCCAUACAUGAAAGCAACACAAUUCAUCUUCUCAGAUGUGAUUUCAUGGCUUCUUUGGAGGACUGGGAUUCUGAUUCUUGCCUGCAGAAGCGUGAGGUAUCCAUGGAGAUUGGAGAUGCCAUUUUGGAGGAUAUUAUCGAUGAGUUUGUAAUUACAUGCUUGUGAAUUCAUUUUUGUGCACUUAAUUACAACUUGUAGGUUAGAUAUAUAUAAUUAGACAUAAACUUGUAUAGAAUUAAUGGUCUCACGGGUCAACGCCUCAGAAAUAUAAUUUCAUACUCAUACUCAAUCAUAAUAUAUAUUUGUAAUUUUAGUGGUGUCUUAUAGUAUUUAAAUUCGAAUUUGGACCAAAA